AUGUUUAUAGUGAAUAGAUGCGGAAGAGUGGGCGCCUUCUACGCUCUGGCAGUGCUGACUAUAGUUGUGCCAGAAGCUCUUGAGGAUAGGAAGCCAACAUACCCAUACCUGAGAGUCUCCGAUUGGGUUUAUCCUCUAGACCGUUCCUGCUCUUUCAUCUAUUGCUGGGCGAAGAACAGGAUGAUCAUUCAAGAACCAUAUUCGCACAUCUGGCAUCCUCGUUACAUUGUUGUUCGACUACCUAACCUUAUCACUGACCAGGAAGCAUCAGUAGUGUGGAAUUAUCUUGAUAAUUUAGCUCAGGUUAAGGGAAAGUUUAAUUGUGCGCCCCAACCCAUUACAAGUAGUCUCCACAAUGAGGGACUGAAGCCGAUUGAUGAGUGUAAACUGGACAACGCUCCCCCAAACACAGACAGUGGUGACUUAAAGGUGGUAAAGCCUCGUAAUACUUCUAAAACUGGUUGUGAAGACCAGCCAUGCUCCUUGUCAGCUGUUCCGUUGUCAGUUGCUCUCCGUCCCACCAAAGAUUCGCGAGCAUCUCAGAAGAAAGUGGAAACGAAAAUGCCCGAAAGCGGUAGAAGAAAGGGCCAUAAAAUUGUCUCCUCUUCUCAAACAAAAUUUGAACCUAAAACAUCUGAUCCGGAAGGAAACCCAAACAAAAACGCUUCACAUUUCUCUCGUUGUCUUAAAGAACUUAUGGAAGGGUGCGUAGCUGGUUCGUCAACGAAGGAAUUUAUUGAAAUCAUCAUCAAUCCCAGAAGCAUCAAGAUUAGUUGUUAUAUGGCAGUCGCUGUUCGAAUCACAUUCAAUGAGUUGAGCAUUAAGAAGUCACAAAGAGAGAUGACGGGGAUGCCUUCCCCUUUUGAUUUUGGUGAGGCAAGUUUAGCUGCGUCAGCAUCGUUAAUACGAAACCAUCGAUUGAGGAAUCUCAUAAGUGCAGCGGAGUACUUUGACGAGAAGUUAAACAACAAGCAGUUCAUAUUUGUGCAACUUGAGCCAUCUCCUAAGAAACUCACACUUAUGCGACCAUGUAAAAUGCCACAUCCAUUGACAGCCUGUCCGGUCACUGCUAAACUAAUGUGCUGUCAUCCGCCACUGGACGUGCUACUAGUAGCAACAGUGAGUAAGAGACGAUACCUCAAAGAAAUGACCUGUCUCGAUGAGUUUCGAAGGUACAACCCCCAUCAGGACCCUGCUAAAGCCGACUUUAACUCCUGCUAG